AUGAAUUAUCUUCAAUAUCCCGAGCCUCUCAAGCAAAUCCAUGUUGGACGCGGCCCCAAUGGAUAUGAAGAUGCUUUAACCGCAGAUGCCGAUGAAACCUUUUACAAAUGGGAGCAUGAGACGAUCAAAGCCAAGCUCAUGCGGCUCUGCCCCCCUCCCCUCUGGCCUGCUGAGUCCUACAAGGCUUAUUGCCCUCGACCCAUCCUCAUCAACGGCCAUCAUCAAUCAGUGUUACGGGAGCUCAGCGAUGCGUUGGUGACCUCGGUUACUGAUAUCGUGAGCCGCUGGUGGCUUGAUGCUGACGCCCAGCUUCCCAAGCGAAUGCCUCUUGGGGAGAAGGAACAGGAUCUCUUGAAAUACGUAGGACUACAGUCCAUAAUUGGCAGAUUGCCGGAUUAUGAAGCAUGCAGAGGCUCGUGGAGGCCCGACUUCAUGGUCGAAGAAAUCAAGGCCCGAGAUGGAGUCGCGGUAGAAAACUUUCGGAUUACCGAGAUCAAUGCUCGGUUCUCGUUUAAUGGGUUUAUGCACGCGACGUAUGGACACAUGGCCUUAGAAGAUACAGGCAUGGGGAGUCACGGACUCGUCAGCGCUGCACAACCAAAAGAGAUUGUUGAUAAGCUAUUCACUCUGUUCCGGCGGGAUCGCCCAGUCCAUCUUCUCAAAGGCCAGGAGGCUGGAAUGGACAUUCACAUGUUCGUCGACGCUUUCAAACGUCGCAUGGGCUACGCUCCACGAAUCAUUAGUUCUGCAGACUUGAGGCUGGUAUCAGACCGCAGAAGCAAGUCCGGGUAUAAGCUCUGUGCCGUCGUCAAGAAGCCCGAGCGAGGCAAUGCCACGCCCGACGUGUCGUCCUUCUCCUUCACCAGUGACGGAGAGCUAGUGGAGGAGGUCUAUCAGGUAGGGCUGGAGCUGCAUCAGCGUGAGCUGCUUGCCAUGAACCCCGAGAUGUUGCGUGAGAUUAGCUUGCGUUGCUUCAACGACAUGAGGACCAUUUUGUUGGUUCAUGACAAGCGAAUGCUGGGCAUCAUUAAGCAGGAACUCCCGAAGCAAGCGUUUCUAGGGAUCAUCACGAAGAGGCAGGCUAUGAUCCUCGACAGGAGUAUUGCCGAUACAUAUCUCCCAGGGUCGAAUGAGCUUAGACAACUCUUGGUUCACUCAGAGGCACAUCCAGAAGUUCGCAAUGGUUACAUCUUGAAGCCCAUUCGCAGCGGAAAGGGCGAUGGCAUCAGGUUUGGCGAUGAUAUCACCGACGAGGAGUGGAUGGCGGCACUAAAGCUUCAGCUGUCCCCAAAUCUCGAGCUAGACAGAUGUUGUGUGAUACAGCGUCGGAUUAUCCCUCGCCUGUAUGGCGUGAUACUGAAGGCCUCGGGAGAGAGGGUGAUGUACCCCUUGAUCGGCACGUUCAUGGUCAUCCACGGAGGCCUGCUCGGGCUUGCACUCUGGCGGAGUAGUGAUGAUCGGAUCUGUGCCAUCAGUCACGGUGGAGCUUGGCUUUGUUCCGUGAUACACAAGGAUGUGGUUGCGGCGGGCGAGAGUGUCUCAGAGGGUUCCUAUUAG